CACGGCGGUGGUCGGUGCUGCGGUGUCCCGGUCUGGCACGUUCCUAGCUAAAUUCUCCACGGUGUAAAAUUGGACCCCCCACCCGAAACAAAUCCCCCUCCAAAAAACAAAUCAACCCCCCUUUUAGUCCCCUGCGAGCACUGAACGUUGAACACCUGAAGUCUGUCUGGGUGAAAGCUUCAGAAGAUGGCGGUGGUGAGCGGGAUGUCGGGGUCGGCGGUAGCCCGGCUUGAGGGCCGAGAAUUCGAAUACCUGAUGAAGAAGAGGUCGGUGACCAUCGGACGGAACUCCUCGCAGGGCUCCGUGGACGUCAGCAUGGGCCACUCCAGCUUCAUCUCCCGGCGGCACCUGGAGAUCUUCACGGCGGGAGAGGACGGCACCGGCACCGGGGAGUUCUACCUCCGUUGCCUGGGGAAGAACGGGGUGUUUGUGGAUGGGGUGUUCCAGAGAAGAGGAGCCCCACCUCUGCAGCUCCCACGGAUGUGCUGCUUCCGCUUUCCCAGCACCAGUAUAAAGAUCACGUUCACAGCCCUGUCCGGCGACAAGAAGGAGCCAAGGAACGUGCCGGAUUCACCGGUCAAGCCCGUCCAGCCGCAGAUCUCCCCGCUGACCAUAAACAUUCCCGACAACAUCGCCCACCUCAUGAGCCCGCUGCCUUCGCCCACCGGCACCAUCAGUGCCGCCAACUCCUGCCCAUCCAGCCCGCGGGGGGCCGGACUGUCCAGCUACAGGACGGGGCGGGUUCUGGCCUCAGACCUCAUCGGGGACAACUCCCAGUCAGAAAAUGACAAGGAAGCCUCAGGAGAAGACAGCCCCAAGGACGACUCCAAGCCUCCGUACUCGUACGCCCAGCUCAUCGUGCAGGCCAUCACCAUGGCGACGGACAAACAGCUGACCCUGAACGGGAUCUACACCCACAUCACCAAGAACUACCCCUACUACCGGACGGCAGACAAAGGCUGGCAGAACUCGAUCCGUCACAACCUCUCUCUGAACCGAUACUUCAUCAAAGUGGCUCGCUCUCAGGAGGAGCCGGGCAAAGGCUCCUUCUGGAGGAUCGACCCCGCCUCCGAGGGCAAGCUGAUCGAGCAGGCCUUCCGGAAGCGGCGGCCCCGCGGCGUGCCGUGCUUCAGGACCCCGGUGGGGCCGCUGUCUUCCAGGAGCGCACCGGCGUCUCCCAGCCACACGGGGGUGCUGUCGGCCCACUCCAGUGGCGUGCAGACUCCGGACAGCCUGUCCAGGGAGGGGUCCCCGGUGCCCAUGGAGCCAGAGCCCACCCCCCCUCCGGCCCCCACGCAGACGGUGCAGCCCAAACUGGCGGUGAUCCAGGAGGCCCGCUUUGCACAGAACUCCCCCGGCUCCCCCCUCGGCAGCCAGCCCGUGCUGAUCGCCGUGCAGCGUCAGGUGCCUCAAACGACCAUAAAGCCUGUGACCUACGCCGUGGCCACGCCGGCCAUCGUGACCACCAACAGUUCUGCGCCCGUCAUGCAGACGGUGCACGUCGUCCACCAGAUCCCCGCCGUCACCAUGGCGACGCCCGCCACCGUGAGCCCGGAACCUCAGGAGAAUGGAGGAGGCGGCGGUGGUGGAGGGGGAGGUGGAGGAGAGCAUCAAGACCUGAAAGUGAAAGUGGAGCCCCUCCCCUCCAUCACCCCCUCCUCCUUAGGAGGACGCAUCAUCCAGAGCUCCGCGGCGCCGCUCGCCACCGUCACCAUCGUGCAGCCGGCGCCGCUCGGGCAGCAUCAGCUCCCCAUCAAGACCAUCACCCAGAACGGAACGCACCUGGUGACCGCCAGCACAGCUGUGGCGAGCCCCCUCCACCUCCUGGCCACCCACGCCUCGGCGUCGGCCUCGCUCCCCACCAAGAGGCAGAACGGCGAAGUCCCGGAGCAGCCCGAGUCCAAGAGGGCCCGGGCGGAGGGCGACGACGCCCCCAACAGCACAACGGACAGAGCCGGGGAGGGGGGCGUCGGCGAGCAGGCGGGGGGCGACAAGUAGCCCCCUCACCCCUCUCCCUCCUCCUCUUCGUCCUCUUCCUCAACCACUCCCGUCGAGAGCCCGACAAGCUCCGCCUCCUCACCUCUCCGUCAUCAUCCAACUCUGACGUGCCAAAAACAAAACAAACGGACUUCAGAAUGUGCGCCCCCUCGAUAUUUAAGACCACCAUGCAAAAACUAACGACCAAAAACGGAAUCGAAGAGUUACGACGACUGUGAACCCCCCCCCACCCCCCUCCCCCGACACACCCCGAGACCCAGAGGGCAAGAAGAAGCACAGAAAAGGUUUAAAAGAAAAAAAAAAAAAAAAAAGAACUUCCAUCACACUCACCCCCCCACCAUGACACAAACAAGGAGCCCUCACACACCCACCCUAAAGCCCCCCCCCCCCCCCCCCCCCCCCCCCCCCCCCCCCCAGGAAAAAAAAACACAGUUGGAGGGGUUUCCCCCUUCGGUAGCAUUAGCAACGAAAACAACCAAAAAAGAAAAAAAAAAAAAACGAGCCAAUAUGGAGGCACAUCACGAACACCACCCCGUCUUCGGCAGCUAGCUAGCCUCGGCCCCCGCCCCUCCCUCCCACCUUUACCCCCCCUCCCUGACCCAGUCGUGAGUAGAUAUGCAGUAUUCCGUCGUACAAAGUGUUUCUUUUUCUUUUUUUUUUUUUUUUUUUUUUCACCUCUGUGUUUGGGCUCCUCCCCCUUCUGAGCCGCAGAUGUUACAGCGUGAGAGUUUCCAGAAGAAUUUUUUUUCUUCUUCUCUUUGUUUUUUAUCAGGCCCCCCCCCCCCGGCCCCACCCCUCCCUCGUUGGUUUGUUGUACACGUGGACGUUCGGUGAACUGAAUGUACUCUUCUCUGUUCUCCUUCCGUUAAACACUAUGGAGUGGACGUCUUUCUGUUUUCAGGCUCCUCCAUCGGAAAAGACGUUUGUUUAUCACUGUACAUGGACAGAUCUUUUUCAUAUUUUACAGAAAUAUCCUAUGAGAUGAAAAAAAAGUAUAUUCCUCCUCCCC